CCGUCCGCAGCCUGCUCAUUCGAAGGAAAUUUUUCGUGUGAUCGGGUCCGUGUCCGUUUCGUUCGUGUGCGAGUUUUUGGUGGCCACUCCGUUGGAAUCGAGUCGUUUCGCGUGACAUUCCCACAGUUCCCAGUUCCAUUCGCGAGCGUUCCGGUUGAAGGUGACGACGUGGCGGAAGAGGUGGCCACCUUUUUCUAGCAGCCGAUUCCCCGUUCUUUUUUCUGGGGGUGAUUUUUCCUUUUCGUUCGGAGAACCGUUCCGGUGAGACGUGAGUUCGGUUCGUGGGGGGCUCGUGAGCAAGUGAGCAAGAGUUUUGUGGCCCAAAGUGACACACCAGCUCGGAAGGAGAAGUUGUCUGUCAGAGUGUUGUUUCGAGGCUUGAACGAGCAAAAAUAGUGAAAUUUGUACUGAAAGUGGCCGAAACAGGUUGGGAAAUCGUUCCGGAUUUGGUGGAAUCGGUGCGAAAGUGCGUCGUAAUCGCCAGAUUUAAUUGUAGUGGCACUCCAGCAGUGCAUUAGAAGCAAGCAAAAAAAAAAAAGAGCAAACAAAAGAAGCAAAAAUCAAAUAAAUUCAAAGUGUUGCAUUUCUCAGCCAAGACAAGUGUAGAUAAAAGUGUGUGUGUGCGUUCGUGUGUUUGUGUGCCAGCCUCAGUUGGAUAGCACGACUUCGACACUGAUAGCAGAGCACUGAAGCGUGGAGAGCGAGAGAGAGAGAGACAACAGCUGAAGGAGCAACGAGCAGAAGAUGAAUGCCUCCGAUCAUGGAUUCAAUCCAGCAUUUAAUAUGGCCACCAUAAGACAGGCGAUCAACGAGACCAUCGAGCGAGUGCGCAUCCCGACGCCAACCCGGUUGCGGGACCUCAUCCGACAGAUCCGGGCCGCGCGGACGGCGGCCGAGGAGCGGGCGGUGGUGAACCGCGAGUGCGCCUACAUCCGCAGCAUAUUCCGCGAGGAGGACUCGGUGUGGCGCUGCCGGAACAUCGCCAAGCUGCUGUACAUCCACAUGCUCGGCUAUCCGGCCCACUUUGGCCAGCUCGAGUGCCUCAAGCUGACCGCCAGUCCCCGCUUCACAGACAAACGGAUCGGCUACCUGGGGGCGAUGCUGCUGCUGGACGAGCGGCAAGACGUGCACCUGCUCAUCACCAACUGCUUGAAGAAUGACCUCAACAGUCCGACCCAGUUCGUGGUGGGGUUGGCCCUUUGCACCCUCGGAGCCAUCGCCUCGCCGGAGAUGGCGCGCGAUUUGGCCGGCGAGGUGGAAAAGCUGAUGCGGUCGCCGAACGCGUACAUCCGGAAAACCGCCCUCUGUGCGUUCAGGAUCAUCAAACGGGUGCCGGAGCUGAUGGAGAUCUUCCUGCCCGCCACCCGGUCACUGCUGAACGAGAAAAAUCACGGUAUCCUCAUCGCCGGCGUCACCCUCAUCACGGAAAUGUGCGAAAAAAGCCAGGACACGCUGAAUCACUUCAAAAAGGAUAGUGGAAAUCAAGAGAUUGUGCCCAACCUGGUGCGAAUCCUGAAGAAUCUAAUCCUGGCCGGGUACUCGCCGGAGCACGACGUCAGCGGAGUCAGCGAUCCCUUCCUUCAGGUUAAAAUCCUCCGAUUGCUCAGAAUAUUAGGUCACAACGAUCCGGACGCGUCGGAAGCCAUGAACGACAUUCUGGCCCAGGUCGCCACCAACACCGAGACGAGUAAAAACGUUGGCAACACCAUUCUGUACGAGACGGUACUCUCAAUCAUGGAUAUCAAGUCCGAGGGUGGUCUCCGGGUGCUGGCCGUCAACAUCCUCGGCCGGUUUCUGCUCAACAGCGACAAAAACAUCCGCUACGUGGCGCUCAACACCCUGCUGCGGACGGUCCACGCGGACAUUUCCGCCGUCCAGCGGCACCGCAGCACCAUCCUGGAGUGUCUCAAAGAUCCGGACGUGUCCAUUCGGCGCCGGGCGAUGGAGCUGUCGUUCGCGCUCAUCAACUCGCAAAACAUUCGCGCCAUGUCGAAGGAGCUGCUCAUCUUUCUGGAGAAGGCGGACGCCGAGUUUAAGGCGCAGUGCAGCAGCCGGAUGGUGCACGUGGCCGAGCGGUACUCGUCGUCGAUCCGCUGGCGGCUGGACACGCUGCUGAGCGUGCUGGUGGCGGCCGGCAACUACGUCCGCGACGACGUCGUGUCCUCCACGAUCCAGCUGAUCCUAAAUAGCCCCCCGGAGGAACAGGCCUACAUCGGCCUCCGGCUGUGGGACUCGCUGCACAACAUUACCAACUCGUACGAGGACAAACAGCCGCUGCUGCAGGUGGCCAUCUGGACGAUCGGCGAGUACGGCGAUCUGAUGCUGAGCAGCGAACGGAUCGAAGAUGUUGAAAUCCCUGCAGAGAGCGAGCUGGUGGAUUUGUACCAGAAGUUGCUGUGGACCACGUCGGUUUCGACAUCGAGCAAGCAGUACGCGCUCGUGUCGCUAGCCAAGCUGAGCACCCGGAUUCACAGCGCGGAAGAGGAACUCCGGGCGAAGCAGAUCGUGGAGGCGUUCGGAACGCACCUGCACAUUGAUUUGCAGCAGCGAGGGGUGGAAUUUUCGCAGCUCUUCCGUGACUACAGCCAUCUGCGUCCGGCACUGCUGGAGAAGAUGCCCAAGUUGCAAAAAUCGCUGACGAACGGCAAUGGGGACGGUAAUGGCACUGGUGGCGGUCUCUUCGAUGAGAACUCGGGCGGAAUCGACCUGAUCGAGAGUGGCGGCGACGAGAUGGAGAUUGGUGGCCUGCUGACGGGAAGUAGCGAGGGAAAAGUUGGCAGUAAUACAAACGCGCUGCUGGACCUGCUCGGCGGAGACGACCCCGCCGACGGACUCGGCCUGGUCCCUCCGACAAACUCCAUCAUUCCGACGGGCACGACCACCACCAACGGCAAAGCGUCCAGCAAUUCCAACACGCAAGACCUGCUGGAUCUCCUCGGUGGUCUCGACAUGCCCGUAAGCACUCCUCCAGCGGCCAUCCCACCACUUGGAGGCGGUGUCGGUCUCGAUCUAAACUGUCUCAACGACAACAGCAUCAAGGCGACGACGACGACGGCGGUGACGGGUUCGUCCUCGUUUGGCGGGCUGGAGAACCUACUGAACUCGAAUCUGACCUCGCCAACGACGACGAUUCCGCUUGUUGGCAGUGGUGGCAUUGCGUCGCCAACGCUGGGUACGGCGCCCAUCAUCAACAACAGCACCGGCAGCAUUGUGGCCAACAACAGUCUCUUCAGUGACUUUUCGUCUAUUAAUAAUAAUGAGGAGCACUCCAAAACAUUGACAGCCUUAGAUAAGAACGGUCUACUUGUACAGUUACUAGCGAAAAAUAGUGGUGGAUGUCUGCAGAUUGUCAUGACAGCUGUAAAUAACUCGUUGAGCACACUAGAACAAUAUCUGUUCCAGGCCGCCGUUCCGCGCAGCUUCUCGCUGCAGAUGUUGUCCCCUUCGGGGUCGGCGUUACCGCCCGGUGGUACCAUCACGCAGGAAAUGCGCAUCACCAGCACUGCUAAGGCCACCCUCCGUAUGCGCCUGCGGAUAUCGUACCAGUGCGACGGCAACCCCGUGCUGGAGCAGACCGAGCUUUCCGGGUUCCCCGAGGACCCCACGACACCGCUCGAAUGAGACCCGAACUGGAACGUGGUGAAUAUUACGGUUAAGUUUUAGUCGCGUCCCUCCCUACGAUAGAAAAAAAGACGACUAUCCGUUCUCUGUCGUUUGAGUUGUUUAUUUUUGCUUGGUUUUAUUUCUUCAUGAGAGUGUAGAGAGAGGUAUAUAUUUUUAACUAUUUAAAGACAACUGAAGGGGUAAAAAGUGGUUGGCUAGAUGUGCCGAAAAAAAAUCGUGAGUCCUCCUCCCUUGUUUAGUGACACACACACCUUGAGUAAAAAUUAUAAAAUUGGUUUUGCUUUGAGUUACUACAUCAACUUCCCCUUUCAAAAAUUAAAAAAAAAUCUAGUUAACUCUGACACUUACCGCUAACAUAAUGUAUUCAAAUUACUAAUCGAUGAGGUGGGAAGGAGAAAUUAACACACUGUUAGUGAGAUAGAUGGCAUGACUUGAGUGAGUGUGUGCGAUUCCGGAUGAGCGAGAGUGCAAGUGAUUCGUUGUAAAUAUUCCUAAUAACCGUGAGAUGAAGCGAUAUUAUACCAUAAUCGAGUUGUAAAAGAAAAUUACAGUAAAAAAAAGUAUCCCUUUUCGUGGGAGCAAUAGAGGUUAAAAAUUCAAACAGCUGUGCAAGGAAUGGCUCAAAGGAAAGACACGUUGAAGACUCUCUGUGAAACGGCUUACACGUUUGUGUUUUGACAAUUUUGUUUUGUUGUGCUACGCUCUAGCGAACAACCCGUAUUGUGUUGCGUGAAACCAAUAUUAAAAUUAAAUGUGAAAGCAAAAUAAUAAUAAUAAUAAAAAAAAAAUACUGAGGCAAGUGUACUAUUUUCCGUCCAAGAAAAAUAAGCGUGUGAAGUGAAGGCUAAAUGAAGGAAGGUUCACAGAAUUUUCGUUUUCAAAAAAACGCGGUGAAACGCUCCAAAGUUUAAGUUUGCUCGACCAUUCGUUUCCCUCCUAAAUUAAAAAAAUCAGAAGAGACAAUAUCGCGAAUAAACCUACUCUACAUCUACUUACCCUCCUGCAAGAAAACAUUUCACCACCCAUCUCUUCUCGCGAAGCUUAAGAAGCCAACUUGCUUUGUGUGUCCGCGCGCGCUUUCAAUAUAAAAACACAGAAGAUAAAACAGUAUUUUUGUACCAUGAGAGAAAACGAAGUUAUGAAGUGAAGUGAAAUUUAAAAAAAAGUUGAAAAGUGACAAAACGUGGUUUGAAAUUAGCAAAACCAACACUACUAAUUGAUAUGUGAAAACCUUAUAGGGAGUAUCACAAAAAGUAAUGAACAACCCCGUAAAUAAAAUUAGGUGAAAUGUAGAGAGAAAGGGUGGAUACAAGAUAACAAAAGAUAAACUGCUGCAAAUAUGAAAA